AUGCCGGACACAGUCGACAGGAACGAUCUCUCCUCUCGUGUGCUUCCGUUCAUGAGCCUCUCAGAUGGCUCCGAAGCAUCCAUGACAGGACCGCCUCCACCUCUACCUCACUACCUCAAUGCCGAAGGGAGAGCAUUGGCGAGAUUUGCCGUGGAGGGGAAUGUCGUGAGUGAGUCUCCAGGACCAGUCGAUACAUACAACCUCGAGCCAGAAUCAACCAGACUGACGUUGUCCUCCAGUCACGGGCGGCGCCGGUACUCUUGGAUUAUCCACAGCACGAGCACUCCUCGAGCACGGCGCAGCGGGCCUCGCUCUCUGGGAUCUGGAAGCCACUCUCCGCGCCUCCCAAACCGCCAUCGCAUCCCUCGCCAAGGACUUCCCGCAGGCCCGCGUCUUCGGCAUCUCUGUGGACGUCACGGACGCCGAAGCAAUCGCAGAAGGCGUCGCCUCCGUCGUCCAGACGCUCGGCUCCCUGGACCAUCUGUUCUGCUUCGCGGGCAUCGUAGGCUGCUACCACGCCGUGGACAUGACGCCCGAGCAAUGGCGCAAGACGCUCGACGUCAACACCACCGGCGCCUUCCUGUGCGCGCAGGCCGUCGCGAGGCAGAUGCAAGCGGCCCAGACGGGCGGCACGAUCACGUUGACGGCGUCGAUUUCCGGCCACCGGGUGAAUUAUCCGCAGGCUCAGGUGGGCUACAAUGUCUCCAAAGCGGCGGUUGUCGCGCUCGUCAAGUCCCUCGCGGCCGAGUGGGCGGUGCAUGGGAUCCGGGUGAAUUCCCUCUCACCCGGGUAUAUGGAUACGAUUCUGAACGCAGGAGGUGGGAAUAUCGCCGAAGCGCGCGCGAGCUGGGCGGAGCGGAACCCGAUGGGACGAAUGGGUGCUGUUGGGGAAUUGGAUGGGAUGUGUGUCUUGCUGGCGAGCAGAGCGGGGAGCUACAUCAAUGGGGCUGACAUGGUGAUCGACGGCGGCGCGAUUGUCUUCUAA